CAGAGACUUCUGUCACAUUAGUGGUAAAUGCAAACCGGAGCACUAAAGUGUUGUGUGGUAUGUUGUGAUGCAGUGAGGAAUGUGAAGCUUGUAGACUGUGAAAACUAUCAAAGGAAUAUACAAGAAUAACCCAAACUUCAUUGUCUGUAUGAGUUACUCUUAGCGUAAUGCAACUUAAUAGGGCCUAAUAACAUCUACUGUAAUGUGGAACUGAUCUACAGCCCGUCAGGAGCUGGGUUCAUGUAUUAUAGACAGAAUAUGUAAUGUUAUUUCUCUUCUCUGUUGGAAAGUUUUGAUUAAGGUUCUGCUGUAAGCACACAGAGACAGACCCUUGGUGUUUCCUUCAGGUUCAAGUCUGAGGCCAUGCGAUGCCAGCCGUCCACAUGCACUCACAUCUUGACACCAGCUGCUUUGUCGGCUCUGUAACAUUUAUACCACUUCACACACAACAGUCUGCUGUCGUCCUAUGCCAAGUUUGUAAAGAUGUCGUACAAAUGUCACAGUAAAGUUUCAAGUCUUCAAGUGUGGGAAUUUCAUAGGACAAUAUCAACCUUCAGUCAUCCACAACUUUAUAGUUAUAUAUUCUGCAGGCAUUAACUGCCAACUGAUCAUAAUUUAUCAGAAAUAUGACACUGCUACAAGCAGGAAUUAAUCACUGAAUCGACCACAACAGAAAUAGCAACAAAAGUUCCUCAAAGAUUUGUCAUGAUUAAAGUUCCUCAAAAAUUAUUAGCUUCCUUCCUCUGUGACUUCAUUAUUUUAAAUAAAAGCUGAUAAAAAAAACACGGACACCCAAAUUAAAAGCAUGGACGCAUUAGCAUCGGCGCUGCAUUAAUCAAUAUAGAUUAACAAUGUCGCACAUCACUAUGUGUAAUAAUAAAAAAUGUCACAGGAAACUAACAGAGAAUCAUAACCCAGCUCUUUGGCCUCUUUUAGCUCAUUGUUUUGGUUUCAACAGUCCACAAACCCACUAUAGAUUCAGCUAACAAUUCUGUUUCCAGCUCCCAACUAGCACUAGCACUCCUAAAUAAUGUUGGGGAGUAACUACUGAGAUUUAACGGAGUUCUGUGAUUAAAUUACAAAAUAAAUUUACCUGUAAUCAGUUACAGUUAAUGAGGAAAAAAAUGUGUUAUUAAAUUACAAUUGCUAAUUAAAAUGUUGGUGAUUACAAAGGGGUUACAUAUAAAUAUACUAUUUUUGUUAAUGUUCGUUUAUGUGUAGAAUAUAACAUUCAUUCUGUUGCUUUUCAUCUUUUCACUGUACAGGAAUGUGUCCUUUUGGCUCAGGGUCAGCAGAGCUGUUGGGACAAAUUUGAGUGCAACAUUUCAGCAGUUGCACGUUUAGGACUAUUUAGCCUUAUUGCCCAGUUUAGGCUAUUGUUAGAGAAGUAAUUGAAAAGUAAUCAAAUGAAAUAAGUUGCAUUACUUGCUGCCCAGCACCAGUCAAACAACUGGCUUGUGAAAGUCAAGUGUCUGGUGAGCAAAACACACAGAUAUUUUUCUUAGGACUUGAUUAAGACCAGAAGUGAGUGAAUAUGGGACAUAAAUUUGUCAGGUACUGAACUUGUAAAGAAAAGUCUGUUUUUUCUCAAAUGCCUCAGAGGUGAACGUAGAAUCCAAAAACAGAGAAAAAUUCUUGAUGAAUCUAGUAAAAAGCCGUUGCAUUUAACAACAGCAAAACUAUAUCAAAAUAUCCAAUUACAAACUCUCACACAACUCGUGCAGUAUAAUCCACUACUUCCCAAACACAUGGAUUUUUAUUAAAACCUUACUUAAAACACUUGCUCUGCAUAAACAGUCUCUUAAACGGAUGAGUGGCUCGCCUGGGAAACACAAUGGAAUGCACGAGCAGAGUUCAAACGCACGCACUUGCUUAGGCGCACUACUCUUAUGUGGAGUGUUUUAAAUAAUAAGGUACAGUACUAUAGUAAGGAAAGCAUUCAUAGCUCAGAUUUAGUUGUCUUCUGAUGUUAGUCUAUUUAAAUAUCCGUUAAUCAAUUUAGGAGUGACAUCACAAACCAGUGUUUUGUAUUUGGGGUUAGGGCGACAAUUUGCAUUUGAAACCUGGAUUUGUUCCUUAAAACCAGAUCACAUUUGUUUUACACAAACAUGUAAUAGCACGCCACACCUGUAUCUGAUCUAUUGUUUGUUACCUGUCAGCAUGAAUGAUUCCAAUGAUGGGUCAAUCUGUGUUUGAGUAAUAAACAUAAUGUUUGUCUCAGUUGGGAUAGGUGUGGGGACAACAGGAAUGUGGAAAUGGAGGGCAAGGCACUUUAUGUGGUUUAGGUCCAUAAUUAAGUGGUAAUACGUGGGCCUACCUGUAGGACACACGGUGCUGUAUUAACCAGGGACUCAACUGACAGACACUGACCCUGAGGGAGUAAUAUGGGAGUUAUAGUGAGAGCUCUGUUCAGGGUGAUAGACCUGUUUUCAUAGAGUUAAAUGGUAGCUUGACCCUAUAAAAUGUUUGAGUGUGCAGACCGCUGCUGCUGCUGCUGCUGCAGCUCUGCGUCCUCUCCCAACAGCUGUACAGUUUAACAGCAGACACAUUGGCUGAGGGUCAACUGGCUGCUCUUGUAAUCCUCAUUCUUCAGAGAUGGAUCAUCGUAGCCACACAGGGCUGACUCAUGCGCCGGGCUGAGUUUAAAACUGCUGGAGCGCUCAGAGAACAAACACAGUCUGCUGUGGGACUCUGUUGAGCACUUCUCAGACUCUGAGCCUCUGCCCUGGAUUAUUUGGGACAGAAGGAAACUUGAAUAUGGACUACACAUGGCUGCUGCUGCUCCUGCUUGACCUCGGUGGAGCUCUUUGUGCUGUGGUGCAAUGGAAAGAAUUAGAUGAAGCAAAGGCCUAUUUGAAGCAGUAUGGUUACCUGAAUGAACCCACUGAUCCACAGGACCCUCAUUACCUGGAGGAGGUCAUUGAAGCUCUCAGGGUCUUCCAAAAGGCGAAUGAUCUGCUACCUACUGGAGAAAUAGAUGACGCUACUCUGGAUGUGAUGAGACAGCCGCGCUGUGGCAUGGAGGACCCCUUCAACAAGAAACACCACAAAUACAGAGUGAUGGGUCGUUGGAGAAAGAGGAGUCUGACUUACCGCAUCUACAACUACACACCUGACAUGAAGAGGGCAGAGGUGAAGGCGGCCAUCCGUGCUGCCUUCAAGUACUGGAGUGAUGUGGCUGCUUUGACCUUCAGAGAGGUCGACUAUGGCAGAGCAGACAUUAAGAUCUCCUUCCAUAAAAAAGAUGGCUCCUGCUCCACCCCAUUUGAUGGCCUUGGUCAUGUACUCGCUCAUGCUGAGUCGCCAGAAUCUGGUAUUGUCCAUUUUGAUGAGGAUGAGUUCUGGACAGAGGGAACAUAUUAUGGCACUAAUCUCCGCAUUGUGGCUGCCCAUGAAAUUGGCCAUGCCCUCGGCCUGGGCCACUCUCAGUACAGAAGCGCUCUGAUGGCUCCAGUCUACUCUGGUUACCGUUCCAACUUCAGACUGUAUUCAGAUGAUAUCAGAGGCAUCCAGGCGUUAUACGGCAAGCGCAUCACCAGCACUUUAGCUAGUCCAACAACACCAGAUGGUCUGUUUCCAACAAAAAGCAGCCAUGAUCCUGAGAGCGUCCCUGACCCCUGCACUGCCACACUCGAUGCUAUCAUGUUAGGUCCAUGGAGGAAAACCUUUGCAUUCAGUGGUGAUUACGUCUGGACCAUCUCUGACCUGGGGCACAACACACCAUUAAGGACUGACAGGUUCUGGCGCGCCCUCCCUGGAAACCUGAAUGCUGCCGUGCACUCUCCAAGAACCAACAAGACAUACUUUUUUAAGGGCAAAAAAGUUUGGAGGUACACCAUGUUCUCGCUGGACUCCGGCUACCCCAAGGACGUUAAACAGAUCCCUGCCAAUAUUGAUGCAGCCCUGUACCUGGAAAGGCCCAAGAGGCUGAUGUUUAUCAAGGGUUCGGAGUUCUGGCAGUGGGAUGAGCUGGGGCACAAUGGCUUAACUCGCUACCCCAAACCACUCUCUUUGCUCUUCACCGGACUGCCGCCCAGUCCGGAUGCAGUCUUCACCUGGACCAAUGGCAAGGUCUUCUACUUUAAGGGGGAUGAUUACUGGCGCCUGAGUGACAUGCUGAUUGUAGACAGAGGCUACCCCCUGAGCAAGAAGGAGCGCUGGAUGCAAUGCUAGGGGUCGACCAUCAGGGGGCAGCAUGUAUUAAGGGGUCUACAGCAGCGGUGCUGGUUCCUCUACUCCAGAGGCAUUGACAACCAUGCAACCUCAACAGCAGUGAUUGAUUGUGAAUUAUCAUCCAUAAAAAAAAUGUAUAGGAAUUGAUUUUAUGUCGCUGGAUCUGAAUUCAAUCCAAGCUACUCCUCGCUGCAGCGGGCUGAUUUUUGUGGGGCUUACUUCUUGAGCACAAACGUGUGUUUUUGUGAGUGUGAGAAUUAUGUAAGCUUUUGUAUGAUCUCAGGGAGAAAUCAAGGGAGGCCUUCUGUUUUUCUCUCAAACAUAUGUGUUGGAUUAUGUGUCUUAAUACUUUCAGUAAGAUGUAAUAUGAUGAUGGGAGUGUGCACUUUCUGUUCAGACAUUUUGUUAUAGCAAUUACGCAACACUUUGAAAGUACGUUCAAUGCUCUUAAAUGGUACUAAACACUUCCAUUAUCUAAAACAAAUCACACUGGUCUGUGAGAAAUCAUGUGGCACUGAUUUGUGUCCUGAUUUUUUUUAAGUGAAAAUGUAAACAUUUCUACGAAUAAACAAGACAAAAUGUCUGCUGUAAAACUGU